UCGCCGCCGUCGCUGCUGCCGCCGCCGGCCCGGGCCCAGCCAGCGCCCGCCGCGCCGGAGUCGAGUCGCAGCCGGAGCCGCUGCCCGCGGCCCCGCCAUGAGCGGAAGCGCCGCCGCCGCGGUCGCCGCCACCUCAGCAGCCGCGGCCGCCGCGCACUUCCAGCCUCCGUCGUCGUCUCCCAGGCCGGGCCCCGCGGAGCUCGGGCCCCCGCGCCGCCCGCGCCCCCCGCCGCCGCCGCCGCCCCGGCCCGAGCCCGCCGCCGCCGGCCGCCUCAGCCCUCCGGGCCACGGGCCUCUGCGGGCGGGCGCCCAGGGUGGCGGCGCCUGCGGCCGAGCGCUGGGAGCAGGUAGUGUUGGUGCUUCUUUUCAGUGCCAGUCCAUCCAUCACGACCACAUUUGUCAUGAUGACAGUGACAAGAUAUCUCCCGGGGCCAAUUCAGCACCUCUACCUGGCCAUCCUAACAAGGUGAUUUGUGAAAGGGUGAGACUUCAGAGCCUGUUCCCUCUCCUCCCAAGUGAUCAGAAUACUACCGUUCAAGAGGAUGCUCACUUCAAAGCUUUCUUCCAGAGUGAAGAUAGUCCAAGCCCCAAGAGACAGCGCCUCUCUCAUUCAGUCUUUGAUUAUACAUCAGCAUCACCAGCUCCCUCACCACCAAUGCGACCAUGGGAGAUGACAUCAAAUAGGCAGCCCCCUUCAGUUCGACCAAGUCAACAUCACUUCUCAGGGGAACGAUGCAACACACCUGCCCGCAACAGAAGAAGUCCUCCUGUCAGACGCCAGAGAGGAAGAAGGGAUCGACUGUCUCGACAUAAUUCCAUUAGUCAAGAUGAAAAUUAUCACCAUCUCCCUUAUGCACAGCAGCAAGCAAUAGAGGAACCUCGAGCCUUCCACCCUCCGAAUGUAUCCCCCCGUCUGUUACACCCUGCUGCUCAUCCACCCCAGCAGAAUGCAGUAAUGGUUGACAUACAUGAUCAGCUCCAUCAGGGCACCGUCCCUGUUUCUUACACAGUAACAACAGUGGCACCACAUGGGAUUCCGCUCUGCACAGGCCAGCACAUCCCUGCAUGCAGUACACAACAGGUCCCAGGAUGCUCUGUGGUUUUCAGUGGACAGCACCUCCCUGUCUGUAGUGUGCCUCCUCCGAUGCUGCAAGCCUGUUCAGUUCAGCACUUACCAGUACCAUAUGCUGCAUUCCCACCCCUUAUUUCUAGUGAUCCAUUUCUUUUACAUCCUCCUCACCUUUCUCCUCAUCAUCAUCCUCAUUUGCCACCACCAGGCCAGUUUGUCCCUUUCCAAACACAGCAGUCACGAUCGCCUCUGCAAAGGAUAGAAAACGAAGUGGAACUCUUAGGAGAACAUCUUCCAGUAGGAGGUUUCACUUACCCUUCUUCAGCCCAUCCCCCAACAUUACCCCCAUCUGCUCCUUUGCAGUUCUUAGCACAUGAUCCUCUGCAUCAAGAGGUGUCCUUUGGAGUACCUUAUCCUCCAUUUAUGCCCCGGAGGCUCACAGGACGAAGUAGAUACCGAUCCCAGCAGCCAAUACCACCUCCCCCUUAUCAUCCCAGCUUACUACCAUAUGUGUUAUCAAUGCUUCCAGUGCCACCUGCAGUAGGCCCAACUUUCAGCUUUGAAUUGGAUGUGGAAGAUGGAGAAGUAGAAAAUUACGAGGCCCUUUUAAACCUGGCAGAGCGACUAGGAGAAGCUAAGCCACGAGGACUGACUAAAGCAGAUAUUGAACAACUUCCUUCAUACCGGUUCAAUCCUAACAACCACCAGUCAGAACAGACUUUGCAAAUCGUACUUGCCCAAUUUGUCGAGCUGAUGCUUCAGAAGUGCAUCGGGAUUCAGAAUGACCAACCUAAGAGCACAAAUUUAGUUUGGGUGUUCCUCAUCACAUGUAUAUACGGACUAUCCAUUGAACUUAAUCUGUGUGGCUUCCAGCCCUCCCUUUACCAAAAGGGUCAAUGGACCUUUCUUUGCACUGUGUGACUUAAUCAACUAUAAAAGCUUACAAUUAGUCUUCAUAAUUAUGGGAUUGUUAUACUAACCGUGUGAUUGGAACUCCAAAGACUUUUUCUUUAGCUUAAUUUUGUGUGUGCACUAACAUUCCCUGGUUUUUGUGUGAUCAUUCCGAGUGUUGCUGCAAGAUUACAGUGGACGUGAUCUUUUAGCAUGUGCUUUUAUAAGAAGUGGUAGCUCCAGAUGAAUAGCAAUCUACCUUAUAUAGAGCCUUCAGAAACUGUGAGUGGAAAUGAAUGCAACGUAUGACUGUUGUUGAUAAAUGUAUCUCUGUGUGUGAGAGAGAAUGUGUAACUACUUGUGUGCAGGCAUGGUAGCUAAUGUGUGUAUGAGAUCCUAUAUACCAGCAUGUACCAAGAAUGUGUGUUUAGUUUUAAUUAUGCUGCAAUGUAUAAUCUGGUGUGUUAUUUAAACAGCACUAGUACUGUACACUGGUUUUUUUUUCCCCCCCUUGUGUUUGCUGUUGCACACUGAUUGCUAAGGGUGCAUCAAUUACAAGCAUUGAAUACUCCAUCCCCUUCCCUCCCAAUGAAUGGAAUGAGAAAAGCCGCCUUCCUCUGCUUCAGGCAGCUGUCACCUUUUCUUCAUUGGUGGUCCAAGUGGGUCACUUAAGAAAAAAAGGUGUAACAGAUCUCACUCCAUGAAACUGAUCUUUUUAUUCUGUUCUGACUGAAAACUUUUAAAAUCUCCAACUUGCUGUUUCCAAAAAGAAGGUGCAAUAUCAUACAUCGUCAGUUAGCAAUAUUAGCAUUUCAAUCAAUGAUUUGAAUGUUGAUACUUGUUUUUUCCUUUACAUUUCCAGUAAGCUUCUUACAGGAAGUACUUGUGAUUUUUUUUUUAAUGUUUAGAUUUGUAGUCUAUUCUGAAGAUAUUUGAGUAAUAUAUUUCUAAGAAUACCACUGGUCCCAUGAAGUCUCACUUCCUUGACUUCCAACAGAACAAAAUCUGUUAGCUAACUCAGCUUGAUUUCUGGUAUAUGUUCUUUGUUCAAGCUCCCAUGGGCAACUAAGUUGUUUUAAGAAAACUGUACUUCUGUUUGUGUUAAUUCACCUGCCAAGCUCCAAUUCUGAAAGUUGUCUAGUUCUCUCAGUAAAUGUGCUUCUCAUCAAAACCCUCGAUUCCAGGAUGGAUCAAGUGCUAUGACAGCUCUAGUUCCUUAGACCUGAUGUGCUUUGAUGUUUUAUUGUUUUCCUUUUUGUUUUGUUUGAAUGAGAAAAAUAUUAUAUAACAGGUGUCCAAAAUACUUGCAGUAUAAAUGAAGAUAUGAUUUUUGUAUAAAAAAUAAUGCUGUAAAACAGGAAUUGACCUUCGUUUAGUUGAUCUGAAAUAUUUCAAUACAUAGCUUUGUGGGGUUUUUUAAUAGAUUUAUUGAGCAUAAUGCAGAUUGUUUAAAUUCAGUUUUCCAGCAGUGUUUAGAUUCCUCUCUCAUUCUUUGUGUGCUCAGCAUUGCCUGCCUCUUCCCCGCGGUUGAUGUCAUUGCUUUGCAGUAGCACAAGCUGUGUAGUUCCAGUCAGGAUUGUGAUGAUUUGCUGCCAGCCUCACUCAGUUUUCAGUUGGCUCUGUGUUGGUCUUCUACUCAGACAGUGUUAACUACUUAUUACUGCCAUGCUACUUGCCUUCCCUUGAAAUCUCUAUAAGCUCAUCACAGCUUAGAGUUCAGUAAAGUCAAUUGACAUGGAAGCACAAUUUUGCCCUUUUCCAGACACUGUUGCCUCUAGUCAUACAAAUAGAAUUUUGCAUACUUUCUGUUUGCCCUUAAAUUUGUCAAUGCAUCAUAAAUACAUCUAAACAGUGAUAAAACGCACAUGUUACUUAUAAAUCAUUAGGAUAUCCCCCACCUAUUCCUGAUGAAUAAAAAGUUUGUUCAAGACCAAAAUUAUUGGCAUAAUAAUCAGCUACAUUACAAAUCACGUAGAGUUUACUCUUUAUUUUUUUUAAUUAAAAAAAUCAUGUUUAAAAUGGCAAAAGCCCAUCUUAUACAUACUCUUUUGUAUAGCUGCAAAAAAUUUUUUAUCUGUACAGAUCUAACAUAACACUACUACACUCAGUAUUCAUUUUAUUGAAGCAUGCAAGUAAAGCACUUUUUCUAAUUUAUAUAGAUACCUAAUUAACAAGGCACAUUGUACUAAUGACUAGGAAAAGUAGCUCUUCCUUCCUUCCCUCUGACGAUGAAUUCUUGUCAUUAUAUCCCUUUCCCAGUAAAUUUUUGAGAGGCAGUUGGCAAUUUAGGAGGCAGCAGGGUCUAUUGGUAAAAUUCUGAAUUGUUGGCUCUUGUGACUGAUCUCUUUGGGAAUGUCUUUUCUUUGCAUGGCCUCUUAGAAAUGUGUGCAGACUUGCUUAUUAAGUGGUUAGUACAUAUUAAGAGUAUACAUGCAUGUGCUCUGAACCAGCUCAGACUCACCAAAAUGAGCAGCUUUGUGGCUAGCAAAAGAGAAAGAGCAAUUGAUUUGUUCCAGCUGUUGUCACCUUGGGUGAUGCACCAGAUAGCAGGCAAAUGUUGGUUUGUUGCCUUCUUCCUCUUUCCUCCUAAAAUAAUACUGGCUUUACCAUCUUAACUCUGCUAUGGGAUUUUGUUUUGGGGUUUUUUGUUUUUGACAUGAAUUAUCAUCUUUGAUAAUUUUUUUCCCCGCCAGCCACCCCCACCCUAUCCCCCAAAAUAGAACAAAACAAAAAGUAAGUCAAGGCCUCCAGGUAUCGAGAUCUCAUUAGGAUUUUCUGUCCUGAUUUUUCUUCUUUUUUAAGCAAAAUUUUAAAAAUGUGGAAGCAUAUUUAGAUUUUAUACACUCUCUCAAAUGUGAUUUGUUAAGAUUCUUAAAUUUGGGCCUCUUAAAUAUUUUGAAUGAGAUCUAUAAUUCACUUGUGCGGAUAUUUUUCAUAUUAUAUCUUUAGGCCUUCAUUAGGAACCUAUUUUCCCCCUGUUGUACAUUGGGUUACCUCAUUUUGCUGUUUGUUUCAGAUUAUGAAAGCUUACAGGGGUGUUUUUUGGAAUCAUUUGCUGAGUCAUUUCCUCAAAUCAUAUUCCGUUGUAUCAGUUAACAUAGUUUUAAAUGUAUGUAUUAUAAAUAUCUGUAACCAAAUCAUUUGAAGGCUUGAUAAAUUUUUAACAAAGUUUGUACAUUUUUUAUGAAAGUUACUAGUAAUGCUUUACUAAGUAGUGCAAUGAAUUUUUAUUUUUAAUCCCUGUGCCCAAUUUUGGAGUUGAGAGGGUUGUUGGUAAUAAAUGUAUGAUGUACACUUAA